AAGAGGCGCAGCAGAGCCAACAUGGCGGACAGGCUAACUCAGCUUCAGGAUGCUGUUAACUCACUGGCGGAUCAGUUCUGUAAUGCGAUUGGAGUCCUGCAGCAGUGUGCACCUCCAGCCUCAUUCAGCAACAUCCAGACAGCCAUCAACAAAGACCAGCCCUCUAACCCCACAGAAGAGUAUGCUCAGCUGUUUGCAGUUUUGAUAGCAAGAACUGCGAAAGAUGUUGAUGUGUUGAUUGACUCUCUGCCCAGUGAAGAAUCAACUGCUGCACUGCAGGCAGCUAGUUUGAGGCAGCUGGAGGAGGAGAAUCAGGAAGCUGCAGCGCGUUUGGAAGAAGUGGUUUACAGAGGAGACCUGCUGCUGGAGAAGAUCCAGUCGGCUCUAGCAGACAUCGCCCAAUCACAGCUGCGCACACGCAGUGGCACCCCUAGUCAGCCAUCACCCCCUGAAUCAUGAGAUUGACUGGCCCAAAACCAAACAUGGACUGUACCAUCUCUACACAGCAGGGAUUUUUAUACUCAUCCUUCAUCGGUUGCAGGAGAACUUUUAAUGUACAGUUUAUUUAUGGGCUGAAGAAGUCCAAACACAUUCAGAACAGACACUGAGAUUAGAACUUUUGCUGAGGACACGUUUGGUGUAUCUGCUAUGUGGAAAACACUCAAGACGCUAUAUGUCAAAGUCAGAUUUAGGUACACAACCUUUUAUCUCUUAUUUUCUUCAAGUCUUGAGCUGUUUAUAACAGUAAAUGUCCAACAUCCAUCAACCCCUCUCAGCUGUUUAUUGUCAGGGUCUGAAUAAGCUCACUUUUAUAUAUUAAAGGAUAUUUUUCUGUUUA